GGUCAAAGAUUGCACCCAGCCCGCCCCCUCCGGCAAUAAAGGAGAGCGGGUCACGGAGAGGCGGUGCAGAAGCGGGUCGUCUGUGCUCCCCGCUACUCGCCACACACCGGGAGGAUGAGGCUCGCCGUGGGCACCCUGCUGGCCUGUGCUGCCCUGGGACUAUGUCUGGCUGUCCCUGACAAAACCGUAAGAUGGUGCGCAGUGUCCGAGCAUGAAAACUCCAAGUGCAUAAGUUUCCGUGACCACAUGAAAGGCGUCCUUCCAGCUGACGGUCCCCAGCUGGCUUGUGUGAAGAAAACCUCCUACUCUGACUGCAUCAAGGCCAUUUCAGGUAGUGAAGCAGAUGCCAUAACCUUGGAUGCCGGUUGGGUGUAUGAGGCAGGCCUGACUCCCAACAACCUAAAGCCUGUGGCAGCCGAGAUCUACGGGACACCCGAAAAGCCACAAACUUCCUACUUGGCUGUGGCCGUGGUGAAGAAGGAUUCGGGCUUCCAGCUGAACGAGCUCCAAGGCAAGAAAUCCUGCCACACUGGCCUGGGCAGGUCUGCAGGAUGGAAUGUUCCCAUCGGCUUACUUUUCUGCAAUUUUCCGGAGCCCCGCAGUCCUAUUGAGAAGGCUGUGGCCAGUUUCUUCUCGGGCAGUUGUGUCCCCUGUGCCGAUCCGGUGGCUUUCCCCCAACUGUGUCAACUGUGUCCCGGCUGUGGCUGCUCCUCUCUUCAACCAUACUUUGGCUACACAGGCGCCUUCAAGUGCCUGAAAGACGGAGGUGGUGAUGUGGCCUUUGUCAAGCAUACAACCAUAUUUGAGGUCCUGCCAAACCAGGCUGACAGGGACCAAUACGAGCUGCUCUGUCCUGACAACACCCGCAAGCCAGUGGAUCAAUAUGAGCAGUGCUACUUAGCCCGGAUCCCUUCUCACGCUGUUGUGGCUCGCAGUGUGGACGGCAAAGAGGACUUGAUCUGGGAGAUUCUCAAAGUGGCCCAGGAACAUUUUGGCAAAGGCACAUCGAAAGAAUUCCAACUGUUCAGCUCUCCUUUGGAGAAAGACCUGCUGUUUAAGAAUUCUGCCAUCGGGCUGAUAAGGGUCCCCUCAAGAAUGGACUACAAGCUGUACCUCGGCCAUAAUUAUGUCACUGCCAUACGGAAUGUACGGGAAGGAACAUGCCCAGAAAGCCCCAGCACCACCUCACCGGUGAAGUGGUGUGCUCUGAGUCACCACGAGAGACUCAAGUGUGACGAAUGGAGUGUUAACAGUGGAGGGCAAAUCGAGUGUGAAUCCGCAGAGACCACUGAGGAUUGCAUUGACAAGAUUGUGAAUGGAGAAGCUGAUGCCAUGACCAUGGAUGGAGGCUAUGCCUACAUAGCAGGCCAGUGUGGUCUGGUGCCCGUCCUGGCAGAGAGCUACGAUCACACUGAUUGUAAAUAUCGCCCAGAAGAAGGGUAUUAUGCGGUGGCAGUGGUGAAGGCAUCCAACCCUGACAUCACCUGGAAAAAUCUGAAAGGCAAAAAGUCCUGCCAUACUGCAGUAGACAGAACUGCUGGCUGGAACAUCCCCAUGGGCCUGCUGUACGAGAGGACCCAAAGCUGCAAGUUUGAUGAAUAUUUCAGUCAAGGCUGUGCUCCUGGGUAUGAGAAGAAUUCCACUCUCUGUGACCUGUGUAUGGGCCCAAGCAAAUGUGCCCAGAACAACAAAGAGGGGUAUUAUGACUACACAGGGGCUUUCAGGUGUCUCGUGGAGAAGGGAGAUGUAGCCUUUGUGAAACACCAGACUGUCAUGCAAAACACGGGCGGAAGGAACACUGAAGCAUGGGCUAAGAAUCUGAACCAGGACGACUUCGAGCUGCUGUGCCUUGACGGCACCAGGAAGCCCGUGACUGAGUUUGCCAGUUGCCACCUGGCCCGAGCUCCAAACCACGUUGUGGUCGCACGGAAAGAGAAGGCAGCCCGUGUUAGCACAGUGCUGCUGAACCAGCAGACUACAUUUGGACACAGUGUAACUGACUGCACUACAAAUUUCUGUUUGUUCUCAUCGAACACCAAGAACCUUCUGUUCAGAGAUGACACCAAAUGUUUGGUUAAACUUCCAGAUGGCAUCACAUAUAAAGAAUACUUAGGAGCAGACUAUGUCCAAGCUGUUGGUAACAUGAGGAAAUGCUCAACCUCACGACUCCUAGAAGCCUGCACUUUCCACAAAAGUUAAAAAUCCAAGAGGAGGGCUGCCAGUGUGAUGGAGAUGGGUGAUCCAUGGGCUUCCCUGGGCCUCCAUGGCCUGAGGGGUUCAGGAAAACUGUGUCUAUCUUCACAAAGAGCACAAAAUAAAAAUGACUGUUGACUUUA